UUUAGAUGGACAAUCCAGCUUAUUAUAACUCAGAAGUUGGACUUACCAUUCCUCCUCAUCCACAGAAGAAGCCCUUGAAAAAGACCAGGGACGCCCCGGAAAGAGCUACAUUAGAAAAGCAUCCUUGUUUAAGGCUCUGGAAACUACAUUUCAAAACUAAGGAGGCGUCACGUUACCGCCGCACGGUGGCGCUGUUUCUUGCUCUCGUUAUCCUUCUUAUCGUGCUCAUUGUUGGUAUUGCUCUGGCAAUUUAUAUAUCUGUUGGAGGAAAUCUGAAUUGGAGCAAUACCAGAGAUAGCACAGAGGAGGAAGGUAGCUGGGCAGUUGAAGGAGAAUUUAGAGUGACCAACCGUGACUACAGAAUGGAUAUGAAUGACCACACCAGUGUAACUUUCCUGCGGAUGGCAGCAGAAGUGACCAAGUCGAUGGACGAGCUGUUUGUUAUGAGCCCCCUGGUUCGAGAUUACAAUGGGACGGAGAUUAUAGGAUUCAGCAAGGGAAGUGUGAUAGUAAGCUGCAGAAUCUUCCUGAAUCGUCCUUUCACCAAGGCAGCUGAACAAGUAGGUCUGACCUUUGUUCAAGCCUUAGAGCAAGGCCACGGAAUGUUACCGACGGGCUCACUGCAUGUGGACAUUACAUCCAUAAGAUUUGCCGGUAGGUGGCUCGUCUAA